AUGCCAAACAGCGGUGAAGAAUUCUACAACACAUUCUAUAACGCGUUCACUUCAGAAUCGUCAGAUAGAAGAUCUGAGUUGAAAGAAUAUUCGAGAGAAAUUUCGGAGAAUUUGAAGUUCGAAAACAUGUAUGGAAGUCAACAGAAGCCACCAAAGUUGAUGAAAAUCGAAGACUUUAAUUGGUGGAAGAACAGGUUUGAAGGUUGGGUAAAAGCUUUCGCUCCUGAAAGCUGGUUAAAAUUAGUGAGUGAAUAUAAAGCACCAGUGAAAGAAGGAGGAGAGUUAAUAGAUGAGAAAGAUUUUACUGAAAAAGAUAUAAAAGAGGUUGUGACUGAAUAUAGAAUGAUAACGUUGAUCAAACAGUCAUUAAAGGAGGUUUUUGAAGCAAGUCUACCAAAGGUAGUAGAGAUGAGAAAGAGAAAAGAAGAAGAAUUGAAGAAGUUGAUUGAAGAAGUGAAGGCUGAUGCGAAGACUGCUGCUGAAAAAGCACAGAAAUCUGAAGAGAAAGGAAAUGCUGAAGAGAAAGAAGGAAAAAAGGAGAAGGCAGUGGAAGAUCAGAAAGCUGAGAAAGAAGAUUUGGUGCUGAAAGAAAAUGAGAUGUUUUAA